GCGGCGAAUCUCCUGCUGGUGGCGGAGGUUCGUGAUCCAGAGCUGAUGGCGCCGCCGCAGCGCUGCCCUCUGUGCCGCCAGACUUUCUUUUGUGGCCGCGGGCACGUCUACAGCCGGAAACAUCAGCGGCAGUUGAAAGGAGCUCUGGAACGACUCCUGUCCCUGGUGGAAGCGGCCCGCAAGGCCAUCCGCGCCGCCCAGGUGGAGCGGUUCGUGCCGGAGCACGAACGAUGCUGCUGGUGCCCGUGCUGCGGCCGCGAGGUGCGGAGACAUCUGAGCCACGGAAACCUGACGGUGCUGCACGGGGGUCUGCUGGAGCACCUGGCCAGCCCAGAACACAAGAAAGCCACCAACAAAUUCUGGUGGGAGAACAAGGCUGAGAUCCACAUGAAAGAGAAAUUUCUAAUCUCCCCCCAGGACUAUGCACGAUUUAAGAAAUCUAUGGUGAAAGGUUUGGAUUCCUUUGAGGAAAAAGAGGAUGAGGUGAUCAAAGAGAUGGCAGCUCAGAUCCGUGAGGUGGAACAGAGCCGGCAGGAGGUGGUCCGAUCCGUUUUAGAGCCUCAGGCAGAGCCAGAACCAGAAGAGGGCUCUUCAGCACCAGGAAGCUGGAAGGAGACAAACAGCCAAAUAGCCUGCAGCUCACGACAGCCCUUACAGCUGGACCUGCAACCUGCUCCUGAGCUCGACUGGAUGGAGACAGGCCAACCUCUCACGUUCAUUGGUCGUCAGGAUACACCUGGAGUUGGUAACAUCCACUCAGGUGCCACACCUCCCUGGAUGAUCCAAGAUGAGGAACACAGCUCUGGAAACCAACCAAUAGGACCUUCCUAUGAAGAAUUUCUUAAAGAGAAGGAAAAGGAGAAACUCAAGAAACUCCCCCCAGACAGAGUAGGGGCCAACUUUGACCACAGCUCUAACACCACUGCAGGCUGGCUACCCUCUUUUGGCAGAGUGUGGAAUAAUGGGCGCCGCUGGCAGUCCAGGUAUGGGUCCAUUUGGGACUCCAGCCUGCCACUGUCUGGGGUUGUCACCAUCCUGUUAACCUUUAUUUCCUUUCAGGCAUCAGUUCAAAACUGAAGCUGCAGCAAGGAACAAACAGUCACAUACAGAAAAAAGCUGAUUAUUCCCAUCCAGAUACUCCUCUAGUCACCAGCUGAAAGUCACUCAUGUAUGACCAAAUACUUUACAACUUUAUAAUCGCUUCUCUUAAAAAAACGGACACACUCAUUCACUGGUGUAAUAAAGUUUUAUUUUUCCAAAUGUA